AGAAUGCUGAAUGCUUCCCCGAAAAGGGGGGUAUUUACAUAAGAUCCGGGGAGAAAGGACUCCUGAAAGCAAUUCAGUAAGGUUUAUUCGAGGUCAUUUCACCAAAACAUCUGUGUGACUGAAACCGACAAGAUUUAGAAGCACUGCUCUUUGGAUCAUAGCUCAACAAUGGAGACAACGCUAGCAAAAACGCCAGAGAAAAGGCAAGUGGUUUUUCUUGCUAUAUUGUUGCUUUUGUGGGAGGCUGGUUCUGAGGCAAUUAGAUAUUCCAUUCCAGAAGAAACAGAGAGUGGCUACUUGGUGGCUCACUUGGCAAAAGAUCUGGGUUUCAGGGUAGGGGAACUGGCCACUAGAAGGGCUCGAAUCCAUCACAGAGGAAACAAAGAGCUCUUGCAGCUAGAUGUGGAGACAGGGAAUUUGCUCCUGAAAGAAAAACCAGAUCGCGAAGCACUAUGUGGGGCGACAGAACCCUGUGUGCUGCACUUCCAGAUCAUACUAGAAAACCCUGUGCAGUUCUUUCAAACUGAACUGCAGCUCACAGAUAUAAACGACCACUCUCCGGAGUUCCCUGACACAGAAAUGCUCCUAAAAAUUCAAGAAAGCACACAGCCAGCAACUGUGUUUCUUCUGAAGGCAGCUCAGGACUCUGACAUUGGAAGCAACGCUGUUCAGAACUACACAGUCAGUCCCAACCUCCAUUUCCAUGUGGUUACUCUCAGUCGCUCAGAUGGCAGGAAAUACCCAGAGCUGGUGCUGGACAGAGCCCUGGACAGGGAGGAGCAGCCUGAACUCACUUUAAUCCUCACUGCUCUGGAUGGGGGAGCUCCGCCCAAGUCUGGGACUACCACUGUUCGAAUUGAAGUCGUGGACAUCAAUGAUAAUGCCCCCGAAUUUGUACAGUCACUCUAUUCGGUGGAGGUCCCUGAGAACAGCCCCCUCGAUGCCUUAGUUGUCACAGUCUCUGCCAGAGAUUUAGAUGCUGGGAUACAUGGCAAUGUAGCCUACUCUCUGUUUCAAGGUGGGGGAGGUCCUCAGCCAUUUGUAAUAGAUGAAAUCACAGGAGAAAUUCGUCUUAAAGGGGCACUGGAUUUUGAAGCAACUUCAUACUAUACCAUGGAAAUUGUAGCCACAGACAGUGGUGGUCUUUCAGGAAAAUGCACUGUAGCUAUCCAGGUGUUGGAUGUGAACGACAAUGCCCCUAAACUCACCAUCUCUUCGCUCACUAGUUCCAUCCCAGAAAAUGCUCCUGAGGCUGUAGUUGCUGUUUUCAGUGUCUCUGACCCAGAUUCGGGGGAUAAUGGAAGGAUGGUGUGUUCUAUUCAAAACGAACUUCCAUUUCUUUUGAAGCCUACAUUUGAAAAUUACUACACUUUAGCGGCAGAAGGGCCACUGGACAGAGAGAUCAGAGAAGAGUACAACAUCACCAUCAUAGUCUCCGAUUUGGGCACACCCAGGCUCACAACCCAGCACACCAUAACAGUGCAGGUGGUGGACAUCAAUGACAAUGCCCCUGCCUUCACCCAAACCUCCUACACCAUGUUUGUCCAUGAGAACAACAACCCCGCCCUGCACAUAGGCACCAUCAGUGCCACAGACUCAGACUCAGGCUCCAAUGCCCACAUCACAUACUCGCUGCUGCCGCCCCAUGACCUACAGCUGUCCCUUGCCUCGCUGGUCUCCAUCAAUGCAGACAACGGACAGCUGUUCGCUCUCAGGGCAAUGGACUAUGAGGCCCUACAGGCCUUUGAAUUCCAUGUGGUUGCCAGAGAUGGAGGCUCACCUGCGCUCAGCAGCCAGGCUCUGGUGCGCGUGGUGGUGCUGGAUGACAAUGACAAUGCGCCCUUCAUUCUCUACCCGAUGCAGAACGCCUCUGCGCCCUGCACUGAGCUGCUGCCCAGGGCUGCGGAGCCUGGCUACCUGGUAACCAAAGUGGUGGCAGUGGACUCUGACUCGGGCCAGAAUGCUUGGCUGUCAUUCCAGUUGCUCAAGGCCACGGAACCUGGGUUGUUCAGCGUGUGGGCUCACAAUGGCGAGGUGCGCACCACCAGGCUGCUGAGUGAACGAGAUGUACCCAAGCACAGGCUGCUGUUGCUGGUCAAGGACAAUGGAGAACCUCCGCGGUCUGCCAGCGUCACUCUUCAUGUGCUGCUAGUGGAUGGCUUCUCUCAGCCCUACCUGCCUCUGCCUGAGGUGCAGCACGACUCUUCACAGGAUGAAGACAUGCUCACACUCUACCUGGUCAUUGCCUUGGCCUCUGUGUCUUCUCUCUUCCUCCUGUCUGUGCUGCUGUUCGUGGGGGUGAGGCUUUGCAGGAGGGUCAGGGAGGCCUCUCUGGGUGCCUGCUCUGUGCCCGAGGGACACUUUUCUGGCCACUUAGUGGAUGUCAGCGGUAUGGGGACAUUGUCCCAGAGCUACCAGUAUGAGGUGUGUCUGAGCGGAGACUCUGGGACAACAGAUUUCAAAUUCCUGAACCAUUAUUCACAAUAGAGUCCUUCAGGAAUCCAACUAAAUUUCAGUGUUAGGAUCACCCAGGUUUUGGUAACUGAGUAAGAAUGAGUUUCUUGGCUAUUAAUAUUUCCCUUUGCAUUUAACAAUUUUUCCUUGAAAUAUAUGUCUAUGUUGAUUUUACCCAUGAUUUCUAAUUGUGUAGGGUUUUUUAAAAAUAAUUUUUCUUUCCUUUCCUUUCCUUUUUUUUUUUUUUGUUGUUUGCUUCGUAUUUUAUCAAUCCAAUCUUAAUGCAUGUUUGUCUUCACUAAUUUGAUAGGGAAAUAAGUAACUUCGCUGUGUUUCGAUGGCCAUUUCAAUUACUGUUCUUAGGAAUCAUUUCUUCCUUUGCAUUUAUGACUGUAUUUGGAAAUAUAUCCACUUCAAAUUGUACCUUGUUGAAGCUGUGCAUGUAACUUGCUGAGUAUUGUUUGUUUUACUUUUAACUUUCACUGCUGUGCAUUAACUGUGCUAAGUACAAUGUUCACUGGGGCGUUUUCAGAGAUGCACAUACCACACCAUGAUAACAUUCUCCUAAUUACCAUCUUCUAUAUUCCCACUGCUUCCUCCCCAUCAGUCUCCUAAAAGCCCCUCUUUGCUUUCAUGGGCUUCUUGUGUUACAGUGCGAUAAUUGAGCCUCAAUGAUCUGUAGUUUCAUUUAUUCCUGAAAAUGCCCGUUUCAUUUUUCGUGAUGCCUGUGCAUCAAGAACUCCAUUGUGCAUGUGUGUGUUUUCCUCCCCCACACGCCUACUGUAUAUAAUGAUAAAGCAGCUUUGUCUACAGCUGAUGAAGUGUGACCAUAAGAUACAGCUAUCUGUCAUAUUUUACAUGCUUUGUACACAAACAGAAGUAGAGCAAUUUAUUUCUUAUCUUUACUGACCGCCACAAUUAGUAUUUCAAGAUUUUAUUUGCUUAUAUACAACCCUAUAUUGCUACUAAAAUAUACCAGAGAUGGCCAUUUGUGACUUAAGUCAUUGUACAUGAUGUAGUGUGCUUUCAUUUUGUAUGAGCCGACAUUUGGUGAGGCAUGUGUUCGGAUGAUAAGUUGAAUUGUAAAUCAUGGUUGUAAAUGAGGGCACAUUAAACUUUCAACAG